GAUAUUUUUUUUAGGAGACUUGUUCAUUGUGCUAGUGUUAUGUAGGUUGUUGAGAUUGAAAUAUCAAGCAAGUAUAAUUUAUCUAAAGUGGGGAUAGGAGUUAAAUGUAAGAAAUAAAGGGGAGAUUUUAACAGCUUUUCCUGCGAUGGAGAGAGCAAAUUCCAACUUUAAAGACCAGUCAGCGACACAUGCGGUGGGCCAAGUGGAAACCCCGCUCUAAAAUCAUUGCGAUGCAUGAAAUGUGAAGAUGAUGACUUCACUGAUGUUGAGGAAAUUAAUUUUCUGUGUGUGUGUUGCUGGUCCUUUUUUUGUUUUAUGGGUGAACUUAUUCAGAUCCCAUGGCACUUCUAGCAACAGGGGUUUUCUUUUAGUUGAGAGUUUCUUAUCACAACCCUUCUUCGUGGCAGAAGUUUUUACAGGUUCUCCAGGAAAAUAUGUUGGUCUCGCGGAAACAAUUAGGGCCUUUCAGUGACGUUAUUGUUUCCGUAAUCAAAGAAGCAGUGCCCAAUAUGCCUCGAUCGAGAUGUAUGGAUCCAUGGAUCUAUGUGUCUAUAUAGAUCCUGUUUGUGGGUUAGAAAAUGUGCCCAACUAGUAGCAACGCUAACACGCAUAAUAAAAGGGACAGCUACUGCAGGGGGUAAACAUCUCAAUCUCAACAGCAGCGAUGUUAAGGAGGAUUGUGCCAAGAUCCGGAAAGCCUGUUCCUUUUUGGCAGAGGGUUCUCUCAGGGAAGAUUUCCACCUCUUCAUCUACCAAUCCUUGCCAUUUUUUGAGCAAACACCAUUGGCGUCCUGAGCUGAUUGGAUUGCAGCAGUCAGAAUGGACAUCAGAGUCCUCCCAUUCCUCUUCAUCAUCCUUGUUACCCAUCUCGGUCAUGGCAUUGCUUGGAAUUGGAGUUUCUGGAUCAUUACAAACAUCUCUUGCUGAUGGACCUCCUCCUCAAUCCACAUCAGAAUCUGAAGCAAGCUCAUGUGGAGUGGAAAAUUUAGUUAUCGAGGAGAGACGGAGACUAGAGGAGUUGCUAGCAAAUAGAGGAAUGCAACGGGGUUCAUACCCACACUUUACGGUCGCUGGUAGAGGCCAGAAGGUCACCAUCAAGUUCAAGAUUCCUCCUUCAUGUGAGGUUUCACGCCUUAUUGUGGAUCUCGUUUCACAUCUCGGAUUGAAGGCUGAGAAGGAUGAUAGCAGCAGCAGUUCAGAAAUGCUAUUGCGUGCUUGGGACACUGCAGCAGCAUGGCAGGUAACUCUAACUUACCCAGAGAAAACAAAGGAAACUAAUGAAACAGAGAAAAAUGAGGAGAAUUUAUGUGUUUUGAUAUUUGAAUCGCUUGUGGGCUCUGACUUCUGUGAGAUCGAAUUCAUAAAGAAGGGAAAAUUCAGUAAUGAGGAGCUUGACGCCUUAUUAAGUGCUCUAAAAUUAGCUGGUGGGAGGGAUGUGAAAAGACCAUUAGGGAAAACUCCUAAAACCAAUCAAUCGAGAAGAAAUAAUUACGGGAAUCCGCCGCCUUCACUGGAAAAGUCGGUUUCAGCUUUAGAAGCCAUGGGUGUGAGAGUCUAUGGAUUUGAUGAAACUGGUGGCAUUCCCCUUGGUGGAAUGAUAUCAUGGGAUAAUCUUGCAGGAUAUGAAGAACAAAAGAGGGAGAUAGAGGAUAGCAUACUCUUAGCAUUACAAAGCCCUGAAGUAUAUGAUGACAUUGCACGUGGCACUCGUCGUAAAUUUGAGACUAACAGACCUCGAGCUGUCCUUUUUGAAGGCCCUCCAGGUACAGGGAAAACCUCUUCUGCAAGAGUAAUCGCCACCCAGUCAGGCGUCCCAUUGGUCUAUGUGCCUCUUGAGGUAAUAAUGUCAAAAUAUUAUGGAGAAAGUGAAAGAUUAUUAGGUAAUGUUUUUUCACUCGCUAAUGAUAUUCCUGAAGGAGCGAUAAUAUUUCUAGACGAGGUUGAUUCUUUUGCUGUUGCUCGAGACAGUGAGAUGCACGAAGCGACACGAAGGAUUCUAUCGGUUUUGUUGCGUCAGAUCGAUGGGUUUGAACAGGAAAAGAGAGUGGUGGUGAUUGCUGCCACGAAUAGAAAGGAGGAUCUCGAUCCUGCUCUUAUAAGUCGAUUUGAUUCAAUAAUUUGUUUUAAUCUUCCUGAUCAAAAAACUAGGGAGGAAAUUGUGUCCCAGUAUGCAAAGCAUUUGGAUGCUUCAGAGAUUGCUGAGUUUGCUUCAGUUACUGAUGGAAUGUCAGGGAGAGAUAUAAGGGAUGUUUGCCAACAAGCAGAGAGACACUGGGCAUCAAAGUUAAUUAGAGGCCAAGUAAAUGGUGAUGGCAAAGGCAAAAGCCUUCCUCCUCUUGAAGAGUAUCUGAAAUGUGCAGAACAGAGACAGCAAGCUUUGUUUGUAGGGAGCGUCGACGGAAGUAAGGAAACCAGCUCCAGAUGGAAGCCCCGGGCACUUGCUUAGAGGCAUCCUAAGAUUCUUGUUUUAGUUCAUAUUGUAUAUGUAUUUAGGGAGAUGGUUGGAAGAAAAAGGUUUUUGAGAGAGAGCAUAACUUAGAAAGGGAUUCGAUUGAUUGCUGAGCUACAAAUUAUAUGUUUUUAGUCUAUUGAAUUUAGAAAUUUGUCAUUA